AUGACCGAAAUGGAUAUCAGAAACGCUAUCCUCCGGCUCACCGAUAUCCUGGCCAACCAGCAGCAGCAGAUUGCAGUUCUCCUACAGAACAACGCAGUUCCCCAGGCUGGGAGCGAGAAAAUAAUCGAGUCGCUGGCAACGGGAAUUCAAGAAUUCCGGUUCGACCCAGACGGCGGAAUAUUUUUCGACUCCUGGUUCGCUCGGUACGAAGACGUCUUCAGGCAAGAUGGGCAACAUUUGGACGACGCUGCCAAGGUCAGGCUGCUCCUCCGGAAAGUCGAUACGCAGUUCCACGAACGGUAUCUGAACAGCAUUUUGCCUAGUCACCCUCGAGACUUUGACUUUGAAACAACAGUGACAAAGCUCAAGCGUCCCUUCGGUCGACAAAAAUCGCUGUUCAACGCACGGUACCAGUGCCUGCAGUACAAGAAGGACGACGCAGAUGAUUUCACCGCAUACGCAGCUUCCAUCAACAAAAACUGCGAGGCGUUUCAACUCAACCGGCUUACUAGUGACCAGUUCAAAGCUCUGCGUUUCGUAUGUGGUUUACAAUCGCCACGGGACGCUGACAUACGAACUCGGCUCAUUAGUAAGCUCGAAGCCGAAGAAAGCGCCCCACCUGCCGAAGGUUGCCAGCUUACCCUGGACAAGCUGGUAGACGAGUGCCACAAGCUCAUCAACCUGAAACAGGACACACAAAUGAUUGAGAAGAAGGACCCCUCAAUCAACGCUGUGUCCCUCCAUCCAAAACCACCCGAGAAGAAGACGAAAAAGGUUCCGAAGACGCCCUGCUGGCUCUGCGGGGACUUCCAUUACGUUCGUGAGUGCCCAUUCCAGAAUUCCACCUGCGGAAAAUGCAAACGCAGGGGCCACAAAGAAGGGAACUGUUCUUCAGCCGAAUCAAAGCGGAAACCAACCGACAAGCAUCACCCGAGCAACCGAAAGAUGAAGAGCAUCAGUUUGGUGAAACCUGUUGACAUCUCCAAAAAGCGCAAAUUUGCUGAGGUAAAUUUGAACGGUGUCAAUGUGAAGCUCCAACUCGACUGUGCGGCCGACAUCACCAUAAUUUCGACGGAAACUUGGGCUUGCAUCGGGAAACCAACAAUCAACCAGACGAACAUCGUUGCGAAUAGUGCAUCCGGGAAUAUGCUCGACGUUUUGGGUGAAUUCAGCGCACGAGUAACCAUCCGGAACGUCUCAAAACGAGCAUGCAUCUACGUCACCAACCAUCCAGAUCUGAACGUCCUUGGCAUCGACCUCAUCGAUACAUUCAACCUUUGGUCGAUUCCCUUCGAUUCACUGGACGGGUCCACUUCGAACUUCCCUAUGCAACCAACAUUCGUCGCUGGGGAUCAAGUCAAGGCGAAAAUUCGACAAAAGAGUUCGGUCAAAUGGAUACCUGGUAGAAUCAUCGAACUCAAAAACGGAGGGAAGUACACCGUACUGCUGGACAACGGUCGACUCAUCAGAUCUCACACCAAUCAACUGAAGGCCUGGUUCAUCGAAGCAGCAGCACCGGUUCCAACACCAAAUCUUCCAUUGUCGAUGUUGUUGGUUGAUUUCGUUUGA